GACUGACAGUGAUUGGCUCUUCUUUCAGUGCCAGGUGAGUUGAGCCUCAAUCAGUGGGCGUGGCCUCAACUCACCUGUGAACACCAAUAAAUAGUUCCGGGUUUUGCCACGGCCUGAAUGGUGCCAUGUGACGUGAAUUUUUGUGAAAAUUUAUUGCAACUGUCCUGAAUAUUCUCCAACUAUGACUUCUACAAAUCUGUACCUUGGUUGCAAGAUAUGGUUAAUUUCGAAAGCCAAUAAUCGCUAUGAGGGGAUUUUGUACACAAUUGAUAAAGUGAACUCUACAAUAGUUCUUGCAAAAGGUGAGUAGUGUAGGCUGGCUCUUCAUAACCUUAAGAAAGAAAGAAGAAAUUAUGCUUUUGCGAAGUUGCAUAUAUUUUUUUAAUGUUACAAAGAAAGUAGCAAAACUGAAGCAUGUAUCUAACAAAAUUCUUAGCUUUGUCAAACAUUUCCUUUUAACUAGUCAAAUGUUUUGGAACGGAGGGUCGAUUCACUGACAGACCAACACCAGCCAGGGAUGAUGUCUAUGAUUAUAUUACUUUCCGGGGAAGCGAUAUUAAGGAUAUGUCCCUGUGUGAGCCUCCAAGAGCCCACCAUGGCCUUCCCCCGGAUCCUGCAAUUGUACAGUCAUCCAGUGCUGGCUCGUCAGGGAUUUACCCAGCUCUGGGACAGUUUAGCCCCCUAAGGAUGUCUGCUUACAACCAUCUUGCUGCCGGCUCUCUGCUUAAUCCACAGUAUGCUGCAGCUCUUGGGUUAGGGCCUGUGCUUCCAGGCUUGCAUGUUGCAAGAGGCCCCAUGGUGGAAAAGGCUGUUCAAACCCUCAGUGUGGACAGACUCGGACAGAGGAGAGGUCUGACUGCAUUCCGGACGCAGGAGCAGCAGUGGGACAGGAGGAGGCCCCAGAGGACCAGUGGACUCAAUUCUCAGACCAGAAGAGGACCUGGAACCACCAUGAAGUCAGGCCCAGGUGUGACCGCUUCUCAGCAGGAAACUUGGCAGCAGAAUUGUGAAAACAGGCCACCACCCAGAAGAAGACAAGGAGCUCGAAGGCGUAGGAAUCGUGGUAGAGGACAGCUGAUCGUGGCUAAUAUUCCAUCUCCCACCCUCAAGUUUGACACUGACUUUGAUUUUGAUUCCUCAAAUGCUCAGUUUAUUAAGGAGGAGCUCGAGAGGGAGGUACAGAAUAGGAUGAAUGUGAAAGGUUGGUUCAGCUAGAAGAGGCCACAAAUGCACCAUUUUUCCAUCAGCUUCUUCUUGAAGGACUGCUUUAUCAGUUUAAACUUUAACAAUUACCAAUCCUGUCAGAUGGGCAAUCUCAAGUUCACAGACAUUUUGGACCUUGAUUUGGUCAACAUGGCAGCAGUUAUGAUGGCACUUCCCUUGUCAUUGUGUGUGUAUCAUGUUUUCACAUUUGCAUAGACAUCUUCAAAGAUUAGGCUCCAUUUUGGCACAGGUGCUUGCAGUUUGAACAGAAUUCAACUUGAAUUCAACAACAGUCAAGUGAGAUUUCAAAGCCAUCUGCUACCAGAUUUGGCACAGAUGAAACAGUGAAUCGGUCAUUUAAGGCACAGUCGCUCUGCUUAGUGUUCCAAUCUGUGUCCCUCCACUGUGGUCACAGUACAUGUUUCUGUUUGCAGGUGACAAUUUUGAGGUAGACAAGAAAGAAAACGAGGGAUUGCACUCUGCUGCAGAGGAUGACCGUUUUGGACCAAAAUGCUACUAUGACAAAGCAAAGUCCUUCUUUGACAAUAUCUCGUGUGACAGUAGCUUCAGUUUCAGAAUAUCAUGGGCAGAAGAGCGGAAACGGAAUCUGGAGACUUUUGGAGUGCCCGGAAGGUUCCUGAGAGGCCAAGGAUUCAGAGGUGGAUACACUGGGCGAAGAGGACAAGGCAUUGCUCAGACUCUACCUCCUCACAGAACCAGAAGUGGACAGAUGUAAAGGCACCAAUAACAAUUUCAUCCUAUAAUGGUUGCUUCCCUUUUGUUAUGGGAUUGUUAUCCAUCGCAGUGAUCAGCAGAAGUGGCUCUGCUGGUCCUGUAUGAAAUUAUGUUGUUUUUUUUGUCUUUUUCUUUCCUUCCUGCGGCACUUAUCUUGCCCCCAUUUUGUCAAGACUUUUUUUUUUUUUAACCUCAUUUUGAACAAGGUUAAUAGUUACUGGAAGAGUUGUGUUUUUUCAAAUGGAAAUAUUUAAGUUUCCACUUAAAAUUGCUGUUUGGUUGUUUCAUUUUGUUUGCUACUAAAUGUCACUUCUGAAAUGUAUAUUUCAUGAAAACAAAUUCUGACUUCGCCACUUAAUGUUAUUUGUACAUUUAUUUAGCAAGUUGUUGCAUACUGUAAAUGUUAACAUGAACUAAACAAGUGUAUUUGAAUUGUGUGCAUUGACUUGCUUUGACAAAUUGAAGCAACAAGUGAUCUUCAUGUAAAUAAACUGAACAUUGUCGCACAUUGUCAUAGUCUGUGACAUGCAAAAGUAAACUUUAUUGACAGUGUAAUUUGAACAGAUUCCAAUGUUAAGUUAUUUAGUCUUUUAAUAGGGAAAAGUCUUUUGGAUCAUAAAUUAACAUUAUUGCAAGUGUGUGUGUGUGUAUACACUAUUCACAAAAAGGUAGGAAUAUUUGGCUUUCAGGUGAAAUUUAUGAAAAAAGUAACAAGUUCACACUACAGUCAUAUUGCAUCAUGAAAGUAGGACAUUUAAGUAGAAGCAUGCAAUGGUUCUUUCCUUACCUUAAUUUAAUGACACAAAAGCCAACAACAGUGGUGGGUGUACCAUAAGGAAAAAAUGGCAAUGUCUCAACUUGUCACGUGCCCUUGACCAUCAAUAACAGCUUGAUAACAACUGGAGUUGAAUAGCAUUCUUAAUUCGGUUCCACAGGGCAGCACUGCUCACAAUGAAGCGGUCAUCUCUGUGGGAUGUGGCCAAAGGAUGUCUAUUUCCAUACCUUUCUGUGACUCUUCAGACUACCUUUGUUGCAACCUGCUGAUGAUGCACUGUGACAAUCUGAGCUCAGUGGCCGCUUUUGUCUGAGAACAUCCUGUUUGAAGGCUCACAAUGGUGGGGUACUGUUAAUUAAGUGUCGCCUUGGUCUUGUGAUGUUAAAAUGGGAAUAGUGUGAUGAGGACUGUUUAAAUACCAAUUCUAACCGAACCAGGAAAUUUAUUGGCAUAAACGCCUGUUGUGAAUUUUGCCGUUAAGCUCCUCAUUAGAGAUCCGCACGUUGUGCAGAAAGUACUAAAACACUGAACUGUUGGACGCGAGCAUUCAGAAGUUUAGAGAAAGUUGCAUUACGUUCACCUGUAAAGGUUACAGUGCAUUUUUGAUUCAUCCUGAAAUUUCACCCGAAAGCCGAGUAUCCCUAACUUUUUGUGAGUAGUGUAUACACUGAAACAGCAAAGAUGCAAGAAAAAUACCAUUGAAAAGGGUUGGAUUGCUGUAAUGUUCAAAAUUAGUGAAAAUAACAGCAACUACCUGUAAAAUCAUAUUCUUAGUGGAUUUAAAUACCAUAGAACUGGAAUUUUAUGGCCACACAUUGUCAAGGAACAAUCAUUUCCAUCUUUUAAACAGGUUUUUCCUUAUGUCUGAAUUCUUGCUUGUGUUGUACGUCGCUUUGGACAAAAGCAUCUGCUAAAUGAAAUUGUAGAAUUGUA